AUGUCCAAUCGAUGCCUUACAUGCCACCCUCCCUCCCCCGAUCUGCACCGAAUUCCUCUCUCCACACCAAACCGCGCUCUUGGCCUCUCUCUUUCCCUUCGAUCCCUCCUCUGCCCUCCUUUGUCGCACUCCCCCCUGCCACCCAGCAUGCAGGCGCCAGCUGGCAGUGCGGGCAGGGCGGGAUCACGAGGAGGGCUCGGUGCUCCUCUCCAUCCCCUCCUCCCUCUGGAUCCCACGAGUGCUCCUGUGUCUUGUGUGCCUUGUGCCGCCCCUUCCCUUACAUGCUCAUUCCAGGCGCCAGCUAUCGGUGCGGGCAGGGCGGGAUCACGAGGAGGACUCAGUGCUCCUCUCCAUCCCCUCCUCCCUCUGGGUAACCACGCCCACCAUGCUUCAAUGUCAGUGCGGGCAGGGAGGGAUCACGAGGAGGACUCGGUCCUGCUCUCCAUCCCCUCCUCCCUCUGGGUCACCACCCCCGCCAUGCUGCAAGCCAUAGGGGGACCCCCCUACCCCGGGCCCGUGUGGGCCUUCACUGUAGCAGCCGCGUGGCUGCUAAGGGAGAUGCUUAAAACGAGGACGGAGUCCUUCUGGUGGCCGUACCUGCAGCUGCUGCCCCGCCACGUCCCGCUGCCGUACUUCUUUGAGGAAGAGACGUUGGAGGAGCUGCAGGCCCCUUCAAUCGUGAAAACAGUGCGCCACAAUCUGGCGAGCUACGAGUUUGAGUACCGCCGCUGCGGCCCAACAGUGCUGGCGAAUGCCUCCCUGCACGAGUUCAUGUGGGCGCUCUCUGUCGUUCAGUCCAGAGGCUUCGAGGACCCGCGGUGGGGGAAUGUGGUGCUGUACCAACGGACAGACCCUGGUGCGGUGGAUGAACCUGUAGAAGCAUGGAGGGGAGGUUCCGGGGAAGGGUCGGGCGGAGGGUCGGGAGGAGGUUCGGAGGGACGUUCAGGGGGAGGUUCAGGGGCGUCGGGGGCAGUGGAGGAGAUGCGGCUGAAGAAGAGUGCGGUGCUGCUGGUGCCGCCUGCAGAGUUCUUUGACCACAGCAACGACUUUCAAACUGCCUACUCGUUUGGCGCUGAUGGGGAUACCUUUGAGUUUGGGGCAACAGUGUCUGUGGCGCGGGGAGAGGAGGUGAGCACGAGCUACGGGCUGAGGGGCAACGAGGAUCUGCUGGAGGCGUAUGGCUUUGUGCUGAUGGGGAACAUGUUCGACCAUGCGCCGCUGCUGCCCUCGCUCUCCCACGCUGUUCGCCUCGUGGCCACUCUCGUCCACCAUGGGAUGAAGCAGCAGCGAGGGGUUGAGCUGGCAGCACAGCAGCAAGGGCAGGGGGGGUUAGAGGGAGGAGCAGGAGGAGCGGGAGGAGAAGGAGACGAGGCCAUAGCAGCUGCCUUUGGUGGCGCUGGUUGUGGUGAUGAUGAUGUUGUUUGUGGCGGCGUGGCGAGCAAGAAAGGAAGUAUAGGACGCUGCGAUGUUGCUUCUGCUGCUGCCAAGCACGAGAUAAAGGAUGCCUGCGAUGCUGCUGCUGCUGCUGCUGCUGCUGCUGCUGCUGCUGCUGCUGCUGCUGCUGUUGGGUCUAGUAAUUUGAAGCACACAUGCAGUGCUGCUGAUGCUGCUACAGCUGCCACUUCUGAGAGUACAGCCGAGGAUUCAGCCGAGGCUGCAGCUGAUGCUACAGCUGGCAGUGUUGCCAGCCCUUCCGUUCCUUGGCGGGAAGAGGUCAAACAGAACCUGCUGCACGUGUGGGGAAGUGUUGCAGCAGCAGCUGGUGGUGCUAGCGCUGGUGCUGGUGCUGGCGCUGGUGCUGGUGCAGGGAACACGACUAUUCCUCUGCAUCAGCUGAAGCGGCAGCUGUGGCGGGUGGCAGCGCGGGCAGUGGAGGCCGUGGUGAGGGAGCGAGAGGAGGAGGGUGGGAAGUUCUACAGCGCCGCGGAGAGUGGCGGCCCGCCGUUUGAGUUGAUGCAGCGGAUCAGGAGAGUGAGCGAGGUGGAGGAGGUGCUGGGGGGCGUGGAGGAGAGGACAGAGGCGGACAAGGAGGGCAGGGUGGGCGUGGCGGUGUGGGCGAGAGGGCUCGUGGAGCCCAAUCUCAUCGCUGCCCUUGCUGCUGUGUAUUACUACUUGCACUAUCAACGAGGUGCGAUCUCUGGCCGGACAGGUGAGGCGGGCAGGGAGGUGGGUAUGGGCUCCAAUCUGAUUGCUGCGCUUGCUGCUGUGUUCUACGACCUGCUGCAUCAACGAGAUGGGUCUAUAAGCACAACAGCACCUGCCAGCACCUCUCCUCGCGCCUUCCCUCCCACCCCCAAGUUCAACCCCUCUUGCUCCCCCUCCUCUUCCCAUUUCUCCCACACAGACCCCCCUGCAGUGCUGACCAGCUCAGCAGUCUACCUGGGAUGGGCCGUCAGCAACAGCACGUGCCGGUUCCUCUCCUCGCCCGCCCCUGACAUGCUGCCCGCCCUGCAAGCAGCAGCCGACACCAUUCGUCUGCUAGCGCAGGCGCGGCUGCAGCAGAUGCCGACCAGCAUAGAAGAGGACGAAGCGAUCCUGAGGGAGCUGGAGUGGUGCAAGAGCGGCGGGAAGGUGGGGGCGGGUGGUGGGGAGGGGGUGAAGGGUGGGAAACUGGGGAAGGAAGGAAAGAAGAAGGCAGCGCAACGGGAAGCCGAAGCGAUCCUGAAGGAGCUGGAGCGGUGCGGGAAGAGGGAGGGGAAAGAGGAGGACGGGAGACGGGUGGGAAGGAGGGGAGAGGCAGAGGCAGAGGGAGCAAAGGAAGGCGAGGAGGUAGAAGAGAGGGGCGAUGAGGAGGAGAGGAGGAAAAGGGAGGACGAGGAGGUUGAGAUGGGUUGUGAGGAGUGGCGGACAGGAGGUGGUGGAGAUGGGGAGAGAGGGAGAAGCGGGGCAGGAGGGACACUCACAGGAGGGAGGCUGACAGGAGGGGGGUCGAGAAGAGGGAAGUUGAGAGGAGGGAGGUUGAGAGGAGGGAGGAUGGGAGGGGAGAUGAUGACAGCGAUGGGAGUGCGGUGCAGGUGUGCAGUGCUUCUGCCAGUGCUGGAUGAGAAGCUAACAGCGGUGCAGUUCCGGUUGAGCAGGAAGCGAGUGCUGCACGGCGUGGUGACCCGCCUGGAGGCUGCCUGCCCUCCCACUGACAGCCCGCCCGGUUCCAACUUAGACAGGGUUUAUGAGUCGACUCAAAUGUCACCUCGAGUGCUGCAGCCUGUGAAGUGGAGUCACAGGUCGAAGCUGCUUGCCCUCCCACUGACUGAGAGCCUGCUGCUACGACCAUGGAUAUCUGGUACUGGCAGUAGCAGCAUUGGACUGGACAGUAGGCAGGGCAAGUGCUGCAGUAGGCUGGACUGA